AUGGUACAUCAUCCAGCUGAAGUAGAAUUAGAAUCAGAUGUUGUGGAUAAAAGCACUGGUCAAUCACAACAGCAGGUGGAAGUGAUCUAUGAUGAUCCAGGUUAUUUACAGACAGUGUUGAAGCAGACUAGAAUCCUUAUAAUUAAGAACUUCAAACUAUCAUAUCGCAAGAAAGUCACAACAGCCAUCCAACUCACAGUGCCCUUCUUCUUUGUCUUUGGUCUAUACCUCAUUCAAUUGGCUGUGACCAAUGCACUUGAUACCAACCCACAUUAUAGAAAUGUCCCAAUAUCAUACUCUAAUGAGGUACCUAAUAUUCCAAAAUGUACUCCACAUCCUGGAAAGGGAUUCUCUUGUUACUCGUUCAUUUAUGCUCCAGAUAGUCCGGUCGUAGUCCAACUCGUUCAGGGCGUGAUGGCGGAGAACCCUCAUCUAGGACCCAACGAUAUUAAAUCGUUUAGUUCAGCCGAUGCCCUAAACAGCUUCAUUCUAAACAAUGCCAACAUCACCCAAGCCGCCUACGUAUUCAACUCUUUCGACAAUGGCCAGUUCAACUACGAUGUCCAGUACAACUCGAGUUGUAUCGCACAGUGGGGUAACACUGAUGGUCUUUGUGCGCCACCCGUUGAGAACAUCAUCGCUCCAAUGCAAGUCGUGAUGGACCGUCAGAUUAUGCGUUACCAAAACCAACUCCAAUCACCCAAUGCCACCAACGAAAUCGUCGUCAACUGGAACAGUGGAAUAUUCGCUCAUCAGAAGCAGUUAACAUAUAAUAUUGUCACUGACCUUGGAAGCAUCUUCUUCUUUGCUUCUUUGAUGUUCCAGUUUGUUCUGAUGCUCCAGGACAUGGUGCUGGAGAAGGAGACCAAGCUAAAGGAGGGAAUGAGAAUGAUGGGUUUGAAGGAGAGCUCAUACUACUUAUCGUGGUUCCUCACCUACAUGGUCUUCAUCAUACUCAAUGUAUUCUUGUUGAUUGCCGCUGGAUACAUAUUCCAGUUCUCAUUCUUCAAGUACAACGACUUUGGCACCUACUUCUUCCUGUUCAUCUUCUUUGGAUUCUCCAUCAUCUGCUUUGCCUUCUUCCUCAGUGCAUGUCUUGCCAAGAGCCAGACCGCCACAUUCCUCGGCUUCUUCCUGUUCAUCCUGUUCUCCAUCUUGCAGGCAUUCAUCCCCAACCUGCUCUACAUCCCCGGCAAGCCCCUCUCGCUCCAGUACUUCUUCUCUUUGUUCUCGCCAGUUGUGUUUGCCAAGGGUAUGACCGACCUGGCCAUUGCCAGUGAUAAUGGUGGCAUCCGCUGGGAGAACAUCUGUUGCAACUCAUCAUUCCCAUUAAUCUUGGUCUACCGCUGGGUGUUGUUGGACGGUGUGAUCUUCAUCAUCCUCGGUUGGUACAUUGACAAUGUGUUCCCAGGAGAGUUUGGAACACCCAAGCCAUUCUACUUCUUCCUCAUGCCAUCAUACUGGACUGGCAACACUUCGAUGAAAUGGUCGCCAACUGACUACCGUCCAACACCCGUCGAGGACGAGGAUGUUCGCAAUGAAGAGGAGUUUGUCAACCGUCUACAGAACUCCAAUGAUAGUGCCGUUGUAAUCAAGAACCUAGUUAAAGUGUACCGCAGCAACAUGUUCUACCGCUCCAAGAAGGACUUUUAUGCCGUCAAGGGCCUGUCCCUAACCAUGGAGAAGAACAAGUUGUUCUGUCUACUUGGUCCAAAUGGUGCUGGCAAGACCACCACACUGAGCAUGUUGACUGGACUGUUUGGUCCAUCAAAGGGCGAUGCACUAAUCUUUGGCAAGUCCAUCAUGACUGACAUGGUCGCCAUCAGAAAGUUCAUGGGAGUGUGCCCUCAACAUGACCUGCUCUGGUCUCAUCUGACUGGAAGGGAGCAUCUUGAGCUGUACUCUGCCUUCAAGAAUGUCCGUGUCGAUCAGAUCGCCGAUGAAGCCAACGAGAGAUUGAAUGAGGUGGGCAUCGCUGAUAUUGCCGACCAGUUCAUCACGGUGUACAGUGGUGGCGAACGCAGGAGACUGUCGGUGGCCAUCGCCAUGACUGGCAAUCCCAAGAUCGUCUUCCUGGACGAGCCAACCACUGGCAUGGACCCAGUGGCGCGUCACCAGGUCUGGGAGAUCAUCGAGCGCUCCAAGAAGAACCGUGCCAUCGUGCUGACCACCCAUUCAAUGGAGGAAGCCGACAUCCUCUCGGACAAGAUCGGCAUCAUGGCCAUGGGUCGUCUGCGCUGUCUGGGCGACAACCUCCACUUAAAGAACAAGUUCGGCGCCGGCUACAAGGUGACUGUCUUCCUCAAGAACAUGGGCGGCGGCAGCUUUGGCUCCAUGCUCAACCUGGACGUCGUCAAGAACGUCCAGAACCGCAUCAUUAGCUUUGUGCUUUCAACUUUGGAGGGCACGACCGUCGCCAGCAAGACCAACGAACAGAUCAUCUUUAGUGUGCCGCGCCAGCGUACCGACCAACUUCCCUACUUCCUCGAGACGCUCGAGGUGAACCAAUCCUCGCUACACAUCCACGACAUUGACGUCAACCUCUCCACGCUCGAGGAGGUGUUCCUCAAGAUUGCCGAGGAUGCCGAGAGUGAGCGCAAGUCCAAGCUCUAA